ACCUUCCAUACGGCGUUUCUUCAUUCCAACAACUCAUUCCUCCAUCAUUCCUAGCAUUUAUUUCAAAGAACUCAUACUGUAGUAUACAAUAAUGACCCGUGGCAACCAAAGAGAACAAGCUCGUGCAAAGAACUUGAAAAAACAACAAGAAAAGAACAAAGGAAAAUCCAAUUUGAAUGGACAAACAUUGACAAAAAAGAAAGAAAGUGAUGCUGCGAUCAUGCGUGCUAAGCAAGAAGCUGCUGCAGCAAAGAAGGCUGCUGAAGCAGCUGCUGGAGCGAAGAAAUAAUACCAAUUCUAUGUUUGUAGAUGAAUUACUACCUAUGGUUAGAAGUUGAUAAUAAAAAAUGCCAGUCCGUUUGCUGUUGUUGUGUAUAAGUGUCUGUAUUUAUACUAUAUGUAUAUACAUAUUUGAAUUCAUCAGUAGGAUUUCAUCUUAUACGCUCAGCACAUUUGGAACUUGAUUUAGUAGAAAGGAAAAUGAGGUUAUAAAAGGCAUUUCAGGACACACCAUCAGGCAACUGCCUAUCGAGUUUUUCUUGAUCUCUGAAAAUUAAUCUCCGCUCGAGCUCAAUUUUACUGUGUUUGGCACGUUUUUUUUCUUUCUCUUUUAAACAAGAACGUCCUUGCUCUCUUCUCGCCUCUUCUCUUUUUUUUUUUUUUUU